GAGUUAGUAACUCGAUUGAUGGGUGUCUUCACCGGUCCUCAAUCAUUUAUCCAUCUAUUCGGCUCCUUGUUGAUGACAAUCAACCGGUAUACAGCUGCAUGCCAUCCGAGAAUCCACCAUUUCCUUUGGAAGCCAAAAUGGACUUACUCGUUACUUACACUUGGAAUAAUAGCUUCUUAUGUUGUUCAUGCUCCCUUAUUUAUGAAUAGCUUUGUUUAUGAGGUAGUAGAUGGCAAAUGGAUGAUAGUAGGAUGGGCUGAACCGAUUCCGUAUAUUCGAAUCAUGAGCGUUAUCGUAGUAAUUACUUACGAAAUUAUCAGCGUGAUUCUUAUUAUACCAACACUAUAUGUAGUGGCGAAACUGAAUAAAGUGAGAACAAGCAAAUUUCGGAAGGAAAUGGGGUUGGUAAUUAUACUGGCUAUGGACUGUGUGCUUGGGGCAUUUGACUGUGCCUACGAGACUUCUGAUUUGAUGGGUUUUGACCGAGCUAUGAAUCCCGUUCUUUUUUUCAUUGAAGAGAAUUUCUGUCUCUUUCUGUUCCUAAAUGUUUCGUUGAAUGCGUAUGUGAUUAUUUUCUUGAGCAGCGACCUACAGGAAGAAGUUUUCGAAUUUCUCAAAGUUCAACGCUGGAGGCGGACAUCUGUGAAAAGCAUAAAAACAUAACUGUUAGCAUAUAUAGUAUCGAUGAUAGCCU